UGACCAUAUCUCUGCCUUUCGUAGAAAACUUAAUUGGCUCCCUAUACGAGAUCGUAGGUCCCUUCGUAUUCUGUGUACUCUCUACUCAAUCUUGUUUGAUCCGUCCGCCCCAGAGUAUCUCCGCUCGAAAUUUAAAUUUGUUACCCCACGUCCAGACACAGAUCUCCGCUCUUCCCUAUGUCUCAUUGUCCCAAGUGUAAAGUGUCUCUAGAAGGCUGUAUAACUUGGUCGGAUGACAAAUUUAAUGUUGCAGUUCACGCCGCGAAGAACUUGACGGCAAUGAUCGAGCCUUUCAAAGAAAAUAUUUUUUGCGAUUCUGUCGUCUCUGUGGACGAAUCGCCCGACAUGGAUAUGGUUGCUAAAACCAAUGAAUGUUUAUCUGACAAGCCUUUAUCUAAUACUAAAGUUCCUAAACGAACCGCUGCGUCCAAACAAGAUAUUAAUAAUUCGACAUUAUCUUUAACUUCUAAUGUUUCUUUUCUAAGUAAAAUAGCGGAGAAGAGAAACAACAAAGGUGAGACAGCGUUACACAUCGCCUGUAGAAUGGGAAAAGCUGAUAGAGUAGCAAAACUGUUGAGCGAAGGAGCAAGUACCAAUACUAAAGAUAAUGCCGGCUGGACUCCGUUGCAUGAGGUCGUGCAGAACGGCCGGCAGGACUUGGUUAGACUUCUACUGAGGCACAAUACACUAGUUAAUGUGCCAGGGCAGGCCAAUGAGACUCCGCUGCAUGAAGCCAUUCGAUACAAUCACAUAGACAUUGCGAAAGAUCUAGUCGCUCAUGGAGCUGAUAUUAAUGCUAGAAACUGUAAAGGAGAGACUCCACUAACCCUUGCCGCUCCUGAGAUAAGAGCAAUUAUACAAGAUGCUGCUGCAAAAAGAAUUAUAACAGAAGAUAGUUUUGAUUUUGAACUUGUCCAGAAGCAAAUAGAGCUGGACUGUGAAGAUAUAAGGGUUUACUGCAUGUCACAGUCUCAUGCCAUCACUAAUAAGCUGAGAGCCCUAACAAAACAUCACAACAAUCUCCGUGUUGAACUAAAAUUCAAUAAUAAAGUAACACAUCUCAUAGUUGAUGCUGACGAUGGCAUCUGUGACUCCAGCCUUGAAGUCCUACAAGGCAUUGUCAACUACCUGUGGAUAUUAUCUACAAAAUGGGUGACUGCAUCUACUGAUGAUAUCUUAGAAUCCUUUGAAGAGUAUGAAGUGCUCGGUGUCGGUACAACUACAUACACAGGCCCAAAAAAUGCUCGGUACAACAAAUAUAAGCAUCUGCCUGGAAUUUUCAACGGCUGUCACUUUUACUUCCAUAACUUUAAUACAAAAUAUAAGAUUUCCGAUAAAAUAGAAGUCACCAAAGCAAUUUUAAGUAAGCUGGUUACGGACGCAGGAGGAGUAGCCCUCAGACGAGCUCCGAACCCAGAGUCAAUACCGGAAUCAGAGAAGUUGGUGCCAUACCACGCUCAGAGAGAUGGCAAGCUGUACAACUGUUCACAUUACAUUAUAUACAAGGACAUGUACGAGCCGCUCUACAACAUGGCACAUCUGAAGGCGCUGCCUGUCGGCUGGCUCAUUGAGUGCAUUGAGAAAUACCAGCUCUGUGAGCCUUGGUGACGGGAAAUGGGCAUUAUUGUU